GCGUCGGCACGGAGCGAAUUCUCACAGUCGAGAAGAGACCGCUCUCUCGACGCCGUUCUCGCUCGAAAGAGCCGUCGCUCGCCGAGCGUCACGUGACCCACGAACGCGCACGAACGGAGUCCGAUGCUCGAGCUCCGCACGGUUUUCAGGUUAUGUUGACAGGCUGCGUUACCUCGGUCGUGCGGAUGGCCUCGAUUGGUCGGGGACGCUCGUGAAAUCGUCCUCCUGUCUGGCGCCGCGUUACAUAAUUGUUUAUCGGCUCGCUAGCGAGCGUCGCGCGACACUUAUGGCACUUCGGAUCCGCGGGCGCAUCUGUCAUACCGUGCAAUUCCGAACACUCGCCGCGCCACAUUGAUCACAAAGCGUUUUCGGUUCGCGCGCGCUCAUCCUCGUCGAGUGUAUGUUGUAAUAUCGUGGAUGCGUGCCUGAGUUGGGAUACCGCCGAGUAGUCUCUCCGAGGCCCCCAAAGUGAUCCUCCAAACUGCGAGAUGACAGAAGGCGGUGUAACCAGAAUCAAACGCAAUGGUGCGCGAGUUUUUAAGAACCCACCGCAGCCGCACAUGUGCAUACAGGAUUUUAUACAGGGCAGUACAGCACCUUGUUAUGUAAAUGUACUGUCUUGGGAUAAGAUUGCAAUGCCUCGCAGACCUUCACUGCCUGUACCGCUCUAUGGAGGUAUGAGAGUGCCACCGCCUCGCACAAAGACAGAAGCAGUAGUUUUCGCUGUGAUGGCCAAUCCGGAGGUUCUACGAAUAAGUGGCAAAAACGCUCAGGAUCCAAAGAAGCGUAGAAGCUUUAUCGAGCUUCUACUCGACUUCAUAGAGACGAUGAACGCCGGCAUAGUCUUCACUCGUCACUACACGAUCUUGAAAGAUCGCGAUAUCACUGGCGAGUUGAAGGAAGUGUGGAACGCUGUGCUAGCCAUACGUGACAGCGAGCAACGGCCGCCCCAGCAGGAGACCUGGAUCGACGCUCAACCCUCCGUACCGCAGUACCCUCAAUAUCCGGAACAGCAGCAGCAAGAGUACACUCCUCAACCGCCGCAGUAUCAUUCGAGCAUCGCGUACGGCAGGGCAAUGACUGGCGACGGUAUGCACUUUGAGAGCUACCACCAACCUCCGAGCCCGGUGAUUCCACAAAACGAUCAGAUCUAUCAGUCCGGGCCGAUAAUGCCGCAGCAAUACCACGGCAACGAUCCGCGAAUAGCUCUCGAUCGUUACAACUAUCGUGAGCGUGGCAGAGGCGGUCAGAUCGUGUCGGGUAUCCCGCAGCAGAGCUGCCCGGCCUAUCCAACGGCACAGUAUCAGUUUCAACAGUUGCCCAGGCAAAUGAUGCCGCAGUACGUGAACUCCAGCGUGCACCCCAACUCGAAUCUAGCAUAUGGUAAUCCGGCCGCAAAUAGCCAAUCGGCGAUCAACCCGCCCUUUCAACCGUACAUCUCGUAUCAGCAGCAACAGCAGCAGCAACCGCUACCACCGCGUAUGGAUAACGCGAUGCACGUUGAUAUUCGCAGGAUGCAACAGCAGCAGCAGCAACAGCAGCAGCAGCAGCAGCAGCAGCAGCAACCGCCACCACAAAUGCAUUUAAAUCAUGUGCAGCCGUCAUACGAGCAGCCCGGGCCGUUCAACGUGCGCACAGCAGGCAGGCCGCACAUGGGAGUGGUUCAGAAGAAUAACGCCACCAAGAGACAAGUAAAUUCACCGACGCACAUCUCCUACGGGAAUUGCCAAACGAAGGACGAUCAAAGCGGCGCGAAGCCGAAGAGUCCCGUUAAGGUUCUACAGAGGGAAAUACCGACGGAGCGACAGGAGACGAACAAUCACGCAGAAAAUAAUAAGACUCCCAUGGAGAAGGCAGACGAGUCGAAAGUCGCUCCGAUGACGGAGUCGAACGAAGAUCCGAAGGAGACUGGCAAGUCCGACAUGGAUUUUUCGGAUUCGUUGACUAAACAGGAGAACAGUGACAGCCAAGAACCCGCGCGUACUGUGGACGAUACCUACGUGCCUACGUGCGAGGAGAAUUCGGCAAAGGUAGAGAAACCCGCGGCUACGCCAGAGGCGAAAGAGACGGAAGUACAGCAGUCUGCACAGCAGUCUGCGCAGCAGUCAGCGCAGCAGUCAGCAGUUCAGGCAAAACCUAACAAGUUUGCUAGACGAAACGUGCGAACGGGUAGGGCGCUUAUCGCCAAAGGCGACAAGCACAAUUCGUUCGCGUUUGCGUCAGAGAGUCCGAAGCGCUCGCAGCCGACGAUGAACAGCAUCAUCAAGAGCGUAUUCAAGAUCAGCCCGAGCGCGUCCGGCGAGGAGACAUCCGGCAAAAAGAAGACGAACGGCCAGGUGAAGGCCAAUGCCAAAGCAACAUGCGAGAACGAGGAGGCUCAGCAAGGAUAUACGAUAUUGAAGAAGGAGGUGCAGGAGGAGAUAGUGAGCGAACUUGCUCAGAUAUCUAUUCAAGACUGCAAGGACGCGACCGAGGUAGUCGGUCCCGUGCUCUCGUGAUAGCCCAGUCAGCCACAGCUGGCACGCUGUGCCGGUGUGCGACCCCGAGGGCUUCGAUGUAAAUAGAUAGAACAUUAUUCAAUAAGGAAGGAAGUGAAAAAGAGGAGAGAUGGAGGAGACGAACACUGCGAAUGGGAGAACACGCUUCUUGACGAUCAAAAACACGAUACCCUUGCGAGGACAUUCAAAGUCCAUACGGACGGGACAAAACGCACGCGUCUUCCUCUACGGGAGCUUCGACGGUCAGAUCAUCAUCGCGCAUACAUACAUUUGGACGACUCGUGUGCGUGCAUGCGCGCGGCCACACAUUGGACUUUACAGUUGCGUCGUUGUUACGACGCAAGUCGUAAUUCUUCGAUAGUCGGUUAUCCGGAGGAUGUAUAUUGAUUCUUGACGACCCAACGUCCGCGAUCACUCAACGCUCUUGGAAAGAUUUUUGUUUUUUUUUUUAUUUCUUUUUGUUGUUAUUAGUUUGUUAUCCCCGAGGUAUAACAAUUCGCGCGCGCUUCUCAAGAAACAGAGUGUGAGUCCCCAGGCUCUCGAGGUAAACCGGAUUUACCGAACAGUGGGUCGUUAAGGAUUAAUCAGCAGGCUGUGAAGAUUGUUGCGGACAUUGCGUAUGUGUGGCGGUCAUAUUAGCGUAACAAUACUACGAGAUCAACAGAGAUAUUUAUCAGCCGUCGCCGACGAGAUUGAGGUAUCAGUAAACAGACCUAUUCACGAUCGAAGCAGGGUGCAAUUUUGAAUUCACUUGUACAGUUCUAUUAAUCAAUGUUUACACAACGGCCAUAUUUAAAAGGUAGAUUAUUUUUUCUCUUCGACGUUGUUUUCAGUAGUAGUGAUACAGCUAUCUGUUAUUAUUAUUAUUAUUAUUAUUAUUAUUAUUAUUAUUAUUAUUAUUGAAAUUUUCAUUAUUGUCCCGAAUAAUACGCGUCUAAGUCUCGGUACUUUUUAUUAAAAAGUUGCUCCCAAACGGGAUUUCAAAUACGUCGGACUUUUAUCUCUCUCUCGCGGAUGAAUUUAUUAGAUUUUCAUUUAGUUGGAUUAAUUAUGAGUGAACAAGAUUCAAGAUCAUGAA